ACCCAAGCAUUCAAGCGUUUUUUUACUACUUGAUGCAGAGCGCAGACAAUCUACACCAGUGGUCAGUUUCUAAUGUCGAACGUGUCGGUGUGCGUGCGGUUUCGGCCAUUAAAUGCUCGAGAGUCCCUUCAAGCAUCUGGCGCGUCUUGCAUCCGUCAGCUUGACAAUGAAUGUGUCAUGUUUAAGGAUGAAAAAGAUCAAGAAGAAACAACCUUCACAUUUGACAGGAUAUUUUACGAAGAUUCCUUUCAGGCAGACGUAUUUGACUUUGUCGCCUUGCCUAUUGUAAGAGAUGCUAUGAAUGCAAUCAAUGGAACGGUUCUUACCUACGGCCAGACUGGAGCGGGGAAGACACACAGCAUGGAGGGACCGAGCAUUCAGACCAACGAUCCAAAACUGAAAGGAAUACUUCCCAGAGUGACGCAAAUCAUCUUCGACCUAAUUGAGAGAGCUGACGAGGCAGCCGAGUUCCUAAUAAAGCUGUCAAUGGUAGAGAUAUACAUGGAGAAAAUUAGGGACCUAUUGGACACCAAGAAGGACAACUUACAGGUGAAAGAAAAUAAAUUACACGGGAUAUUUGUAGCGGGAGUUACUGAGAAAUAUGUGCAGUCGGAGAAAGAAAUGCUUCAGAUUCUCCAGACUGGUCUAGCAAACCGAGCCGUCGGCCAAACUUUGAUGAAUUGCGAGAGCAGCAGAAGCCACUGCGUCUUCCUUUUAACUAUCCAACAGUCGGAUAUUGAAGAUCGAAGUAUAAAGACCGGAAAAAUCUACCUUGUAGAUCUCGCUGGAUCAGAAAAAGUGGAGAAAACAGGGGCUGAAGGAAAACUUCUUUGUGAAGCAAAGACAAUCAACAAGUCACUUUCAGCACUCGGCAAUGUCAUCAAUGCGCUUACCUCUGAUAAGCCGUGCCAUGUACCCUAUCGUGACUCAAAAUUGACUCGAAUCCUUCAAGACUCGCUGGGGGGCAAUUCUAGAACAGCUCUUCUUUGUUGCUGCUCCCCAAGCACCCUACAUGCUUCAGAAACGUUGUCGACGCUGCGGUUUGGAACCAGAGCGAAACUGAUUAAAAAUAAGCCCAGAGUGAAUUCGGAAAGAGGACGCCACGAACUUGAAUCUCUGCUGCAGAAAUCAUAUCAAGAGUGCGACCAGUUGCGAGCACAACUUCUUAUGUCCAGUGCACGAUUGCGCUCCUUGAACCAAGGGAUGCCAUUUGACGCCGAGGCCAACUUAAAGGAUAGUAUUGACCCCGUCAAAUUAAGCGACAAGUUGAUAAAUAAGUUUCCAACACGCCUUCCCCAAACGACAGGCGAUGUAUUUGAACUUCACAAGGAGAUCUUCGUCGAAAGUCUCCUUGAAGAGAGCUUCGACAAGACUCAGUUUUCCGAUCUAACAGAUUACAAGUGUGAUGAAGAACAUUACGCUCAGGAGCAACUUCGUCAGCAUUUGGAUGAAGAGAAAUUGUUUCUCUCCGCUCAAGAUGACACUGCCAAGACAAUCAGGGUUCUGCAGGAAUCUCUAGAGAAACUCAUGGAUGAAAAAAGCAAGCUUGAGAAAUUGAACAAGGGCCUGGAAAUGGAGCUUUUGGCCUGCAUGCGUCUUCUUCAUGAUCCAACAAAAGCAGCUGUUGGUAUGAAGUGGCCAACGAUCACAUCUUCUGUUCAUGGGAGAAUCCAUGCCAAUCCUCGAUCAGCUGUUCAAUGUCAGUUCAAACUCUUGAACAUGAUCGAUACUGCAUCCAUUUGCUGUCUAUGGAGAUCCUCCUUAACUAAGGUUAGGAACAUUAUUGGUCAAACGAGAAGGGCUUAAUGCUGAAAAUGUUCGUGCAACAAACGAAGAUGGUAUGAGGCAGUUCAAUAGACAUUUAUUGGGACCCCGAAGCUACUGUUUGAGGAAAUGUGUAACUUCCUGGACAACGUUUCCAUCGUCCAUCCACCAUAUCGGUGUCAAAAUUUCAAUCCCACAUCGGGAAGAACUUCAGCACCUUCCACUGGUGCAAGAACACAAAACGCAAUUAUCCAGAUUACCAUCAGUGUCAAACCAAAUUUCCUCCACUUCCCAUAUCUCCUGUAUCUUAUAUUCUCUUUUUCCAACA